AUGUCGACCAUCUCGACCCACCUACGGAACUUCAAGGAGCCGACCAAGGACCAGCUCACGGAGCUCUACUUUGCGCUCCCGCAGAGCGUGAAUGGCGGCGUGAACGCGACGGGCGGGCCAUCAGGUGCGAGUGGCAGUGGCAAUGGGGAGAAGGGGAAGGGCCCUCCGGAGCCCGAGCUAGAGAAGAUGGAGAUCAAUGCCGUACUCAGUCUGGGUGUGCAGGGAGAGGAGGAUUCGUAUGCAGGCAAGCUGUACCUUCUCCCUCCGUACCUAGCAUUCGCCUCGCACGACCGCAAGUCCGCACGCUUCACGCUCCCGCUAUGUACCAUCCGUCGCGUGGAGCGUCUCAAUGCUAGGGCGGGUGUCUACGCCCUCAGUCUUGCGCUUUGGCAUGGCAUGAAGAUUGUGGUGCAAUUGACCUCCCUUCGGCCGACAGCGGAUCUAUUCUGUUCACUCCUGCGCGAUGCGCUCAAGGUCGAGCUGCAGAAAGGCCACAUGAAGCUAGUGAAGCCCUUCGUCAAGACCUGUUACUCGGAAAUGCUUGUCGCCAAUGCAACUGCGCCCGAGAAUGGAGAUGAGAAGGUCGAGGGGAAGACGGCAGAAAGUGCGCAAGAGGGUUCUGCAUCGGAUUCGAUGUACCUAGGUGGGCUAGGACUCAAGUUCAAGUUCCCCGGAGACCCAAAGAAGUUGCGGGAAGCUUCCAAGACGAAGCUAUGGACGAAUUAUCUACGAACACAUGGACGCAACCUUACGCUCCUCCGCUAUCCUCAGUGCACACGUCUAGUCCAAGUUGGCUUGCCGAAUCGGCUUCGAGGAGAGAUGUGGGAGACGCUGUCCGGGUCGCUAUACCUGCGAUUUGAGAACCCUGGUUUCUACGAGCGACUUCUCGCGGAAAACGAGGGGCGGACGAACACAAGCACAGAAGAGAUCGAGAAGGAUUUGCAUCGCAGUUUGCCCGAGUACUCGGCAUACCAGAGCGAAGAGGGGAUUGGAGCACUCCGGAGAGUACUCCAAGCGUAUUCGUUCAAGAAUCCGGAAACAGGGUACUGCCAGGCUAUGAAUAUUCUCGCCGCUGCUAUACUCAUAUACAUGUCAGAGGAGCAAGCUUUUUGGCUACUCGAGGUCAUUUGCGAUCGUCUCCUGCCCGGCUACUACAGCCCGUCUAUGCACGGCACACUACUUGACCAGCGUGUAUUCGAAUCCCUCGUCCAUCGAUGUCUGCCCGUCAUACACGACCACUUCACAGAAGUCGACGUCCAGCUCUCCGUAGCUUCCCUUCCGUGGUUUUUGAGUUUGUUCAUCAAUAGCAUGCCCAUGGUGUUUGCUUUCCGGAUAAUCGAUUGCUUCUUCUGCAUGGGUCCGAAGGUGCUUUUCCAAGUUGGUUCAUCACUUCGCUUCCUCGGAGCUAACAUUUCCCUAGCCAUCCUCAAAAUCAACGGCGAGAAGCUGUUGAAGAUUCAGGAUGACGGCCAGUUCAUCCAUCUGAUGAGGGAAUACUUCGCUUCUCUCGGCGACUCCGCGCAUCCGAAUUCCAGUGACCCCCGAGCCCGUGCCAUCACGCGCUUCCAGGAGCUGCUCCUCGUCUCCUUCCGCGAGUUCGCCGUCAUCACCGAUGACACGAUCCACUCUGAACGCCGCAAGUACCGCUCUGAGAUUGUGCAUAGUAUUGAGUCCUUCUCCAAACGGUCGGCCAUACGAAACCUACGGACAUUGGAGCGGUUCACGAAGGAGCAGGCGGGGCUCAUCUACGACGCGCUGUUCAAGGCGAUCUGCAUUGAGCCGCCACCUGCUGUUCAAUACCCCCCGCCUUCGUUGCUCACUACGAAGGAUCAGGCGGAGGAGCGGCCGGAGACGAGGAUAGGGCUGAAAACGUUCAAGAUCUUCCUUAGCGAGAUCUGUACGUGGGCGCGGACGGAGAAGAUUGUGUCAAAUGGCUUCCAGCAAAGAGUGGACCGUGAGAUCGCUGAGCACGAGCUCGUCGACCGAUUGUUCUUCUUCUGGGACGUCGAAUAUCGAGGAGUUCUUUCCUUCCAGAAUCUGGUGUCAGGUCUGGAUGGCGUGAUGUUCAACGAUUUGAUGGAGAACAUCGAAUGGUUCUUCAACCUCCAUGACAAGAACAAGGACGGCUACCUAACAAAGGAUGAGGUCCUGACCCUAUCCGAGUCGCUUCUAUUCAUUUUCCGCAACGAGGUCGGAGAUGCUUAUCUCGGGGCCGUCAGCCGAUUCAUGUCCAACGCAUUCGAGUACGGAGAUGCGCUCAUACCGCGGCCUGAAGGAGCGGAUCCUGACUCUGAAGUCCCACACAUUGAGUCUAACCAGCCGUAUAUGAACCUCGCAACGUAA